CUUCACACCUCACGCCUCAGGUCUCUGUUUAUCCCCAAGUGGUCUUCAGAUGUACGACUGGAAGGGAAGACAGCUAUAGUAACAGGAGCCAACAUUGGAAUAGGCAAGGAGACAGCAAAAGACCUGGCCAGCAGAGGUGCACGGGUGAUUUUGGCAUGCAGAGACAUGGCAAAAGGAGAGCAAGCUGCUUGUGACAUUAUGAGGGAGGUGAAGGGCGCCAAGGUAGUCGCCAGGCAACUGGAUCUGGCUGAUACCAAAUCAAUCUGCCAGUUCGCUGAGAAUAUCUACAACACUGAGAAGGCUCUUCACUGCCUGAUCAACAAUGCAGGUGUGGCUAUGUGCGCUUACAGCGUUACUGCAGAUGGAUUUGAGAUGCAGUUCGGAGUCAAUCACUUGGGUCAUUUCUUUCUGACCUUUCUGUUACUGGACUUGCUGAAGCACUCGGCCCCUUCCCGAGUCAUCAACUUGUCAUCGGUAAGUCACACAAUGGGCAAGAUCCAGUUUGAUGACCUGGGCGGCAAGGACUACCACCCUGUCAGGGCCUACACACAGAGCAAGCUGGCCAACGUCCUGUUUACCAGAGAGCUGGCCAGGAGAACUGAGGCUCUUGGUGUGAUGGCUUACUCUGUGGACCCCGGCCUUGUGAGAACUGAAAUAACAAGGCACCUAAGGCGCCCUCUUGUGGACAUAAUCAAGAUCUUCGGUUUUCUAAUCAAGACCCCAGCAGAGGGAGCCAACACCACCAUCUACUGCACCGUCACUCCUGAAAACCAGCUGCUCACUGGAGGAUACUACAAGGACUGUGCAAUUGCAGAGAGCUGCAGGGCAGCCCAGGAUGAUGGCACUGCUUUAAUGCUGUGGGCUGUGAGCUGCCACCUGCUAGGCAUCCGCUGGAGAUAG